CGUUUGCAUGUUUUUCUUGCUUACUUAAACCAAAAAACUCAAUGGGCAAAAAAGAUAGUGUAUAAUAACACGUUACUAAAAGGUUGCUCGCAAAGUGUUGUUUUAUUAAAGGAAAUCUGGCAAAAUUUAAACGAGUGCUCGUAAAGCUGUUGUGAUGGCGUCAACAGCUGUUGUUUUAUAUAUUCUUAUAUGUCUAUUUAGUUUAAGUAAAGUAAUAAAAGCAGAGUCAAACUGUAACAACAGCUGUACAGAAGAUGAAAAUCUUUUUAAAUAUCGAGAUGGUCAUGUAUACGAAUACGUCUUUGACAGUGCUAUGGCUGUUGGAAUUAAGACAAGCGACAACUCCCAAAAUGACGACACGAGUAUGAGGAUUUCUGGUGUGGCGAAGAUUUUCGUUGAGCAUAAUUGUGGCUAUACACUACAAAUAGGAUCUUUCAAAGUUUCGGCCGCAGAAGCAAUUCAAAAAAAAAUUAUGCAAAACAUACAAAAACCUGUUCAUUUUACUAUGGUGAACGGCAAACUGAAUGCAGAAUUAUGCGUUGCUGAUGCUGGAGAAAAUUCAUAUUCUCUGAACAUUAAAAGGGCCAUUAUUAGUAUGUUUCAAUCAAAUCCGGACGCUAAAUACGAAAUUGAUGUUUUUGGAGAAUGCCCCACGCGUAGUUCGGUGGCGCAGGUUGGCUCAAUUAAAAUUGUGAACAAAUCACGAAACUUGAAUAGCUGCGUUUAUAGACAAGUCGUUAAGAGUAGCUUUUUACGUAAUAUUGUCAACAUUAAAUCAGGGUCUAGCGUAAAUACCAACGCUCUUCUAGAUGCGAGCUUUGCCAAGGAGUCAAAAAUUGAGAAUGGGAUUAUCAGCUCAAUUGAAGUAACUGAAGAAUAUACUUUCGGCAAAAAAGUCGUUGGGAAGACAGGACUAACUGUAUAUGCUAAAGUUAAAACCGGCAUGAGAGUUAAAAGUUUGACUGGUUCACCAUCGACAGCUCCAGUCUAUGGCUCACGUUCCGCGUCAAUUAUCUUCCAAGAACCUGAAACGUAUACUGCAAAAAAUACCGCAGCCGUUAAAGCUAUUUUUGGAGAACUUAUGGAACACGUAGAAGAUCACGUAAAACUUGGGAGUGCCAACGGUUUUGUUGAGUUAAUACGAUUAAUGCGUGCAUCGGAUACGGAUGUCCUGAUGGAACUGAGUGCUUUUCCUCACCAAAAGCAGGAUUUGGCUCGACGUGUGUACCUAGAUGCUUUAUUUCGCACUGGUACUUCAGAAUCGGCGCGAGCUAUAAUAAAGCAAUUCAAUAAAAUGACCGAGAAAGAAAAGACAAUUGCAAUGGAAGCAUUGAAGUCGGUUGAAAUUGUAGAUAGAGAUACACUGAAUUUGGCAGCGAACCUAAUAAAUCCAAACGCACCCAAGGAAACGUACCUUGCUCUCGGAAUGAUGGUGUCAAAUUUUUGCACACGCAACAGCUGCCAUCAAGGAGAAAUUGAUAUGAUCUUCAAGAAAAUCUCGGAUGUAUUAAAAAAAACCCAUUGCAAGGCGAACACAAGAAAUGAAGAAAACCGCUUAUUGUUCUUAUUGAAAGGCAUCGAAAAUGCCAAGCACUUGGCGAAAAUGGUUAACUCAUCGUUACUCGAAUGCGUUAGUGAAGGCCGUUCUAAUCGUAUACGAAUUGCUGCCCUUCAAGCAUUCUCGUCAGCGGACUGUGAUAUUAGUUUACAAAAAAAAGCGAUGGAAUUGCUAUCAGACCACAAUGAGGAUUCCGAAAUACGUAUUAAGGCUUUUUUAGCGGUAAUAAAAUGCCCUUCUGGAGAAGCAGCCAAUGAAUUAACAACCAUCGUUAACAGUGAACCUGUGCAUCAAGUCGGUGGUUUUAUCACGUCAACCUUGAAGCUUAUACGAGAUUCGGCAGAUGAAUCGCGGUCCGUGCAACGUGAACAUUUUGCAAACAUACGCAUUACUAAAAAGUUUCCUAUAGACCUCAGACGUUAUAGCUACCAUGGAGAAUUUUCAGAAAACCUCUUAGGAUCUAGUGUUAAUUAUAAAUUAAUUUAUUCCCAAACUGGCUUCUUACCGCGUUCUUCCGCUCUCGAUAUCAAAACAAAAAUUUUUGGCUUCGAUUUGAAUGUUUUUGAAACUACUCUUCGCAUGGAAAAUAUCGAAAAUAUUUUGCAAUUUCUGAUGGGUCCAAAGGGUGUAAUAAACGAAAAUCGUAACAGCAUGCUAAAAUUAGACGAAUACACUCAUCCGGCCGCACGUAAAAGACGUUCAAUUGUUGAUGAAGCAGCAAAAGCAGCGAAGAGAUAUAAAACCUACGGUAGCAAAUUUUCCAGUGAUGUUAAUUUAGAUAUUUCUUUAAAAUUAUUUGGCUCCGAAAUGAUGUUCUUGAGUUUGGGCGACGAUCUACCUAACUCGUUUGAAGAUAUUUACAAACAAAUUUCGUUCGCAAUUGAUAAAAUUAAAAACGAAUUGGGAAGUUACGGGAAAGAAUUCAUUAAUCAUGAUUUAUUUAUGGACACAACUUUUAAUUACCCUACGGCACUAGGCGUGCCGUUGGAACUAUCUCUCCAAGGGUUUGCAGCCAGUAAAGUGAACUUCGCCAUUGCUGUGGACAUCGACUCAAUGUUUGUUCAGGGUGCUUAUCUCAAUAAAAAAUAUAAAUGUAAAAUUGAACCGAGUAUAGAUGUUAAUUUGAUGGUGGGCUUAGGUUUUAACGCCUACGUACUUUCCACUGGAGUUAGCACCUCAGUUAAUAUGCAUUCAGCCACUGGAAAUGCAAUUGAACUUGCAUUUAUCCACGAAGGUGCUGGUAUCAACAUGGAGUUUGAAAUGCCACGCGAUAAAAUAGAAUUCAUCAACAUUAAAGUUACACAUUCGUUUUAUAUACAGGAAAAUGAUAAACCCAUUGACAAAAGACUUAUUUUAAAUAGAGAUAACAAGGAUCCAAAUGGAAUUCAAAUGGAACGCUGCUAUAAUCAAUUGGAAAGUUUAGGUAUUAAGCCCUGUGUUAGCAGGUUGGGUAGUUUAAAACCGGAAGACGAUGCAACUUUACCAUCGGAGUUCAUAUUCAGCUUCCACGUCACGAGUGUAAAGAAAUUUAAUAUUAAAGGGUACCGCAACAAUGCAGAAGUCAAUGUGGAACAAUGGAAAUUAGAUUAUAGCACACCCGAAGGAGCACAUGAUACUUCCUUAACGGUUGAAAUUGGGACAAAGUCUCGUUUUUAUGGCCGCGUUUGCAUAGAAAACAUGAAACAACAUUACGGGUUGGAAGCCGGUGUGAGCAACAAUAACCAUGAGUUAGUUAUUUACGUACAACACGAAAAGGGCAAAGACAUAAAAAAAAGCAAGGUGGGAUUUAUGAAAAGUGGUAACGAAUAUCGUCCUGUUAUUGAAAUACGAAAGCUAAACGGUGGCUUCUCUGAUGAACUGAAUGGCUAUAAAGUAGAUGGCAGAGUGAUUGUAGCUUCUGGUGACGGAGAGGGAGCUACUAAGAAAUAUAACUUUAAUAAUCUGCAAGUUAUGGACAAAGAAAAUGAGGGCAUGAUAAUUAAUGGUUGGGCGAAUAUAGGUAAAACAUCAUUAAAUACUCAGCUGUUCGUAAAAAUACCUAAGGAUAGCACUUAUACCGUGGAGGGUAAUUUCGAAGUUAGCGAGGUUUAUAGUGCUGGCUUCUUCAUUAGUGACGAAAACUCACCAGAUCACAUAUAUGGAGCCUCAACCAGCAUACGAGUAAUUGAUCAGCUCGUUAAUAUAAGCAUAUUAGCUAACUAUGCGAAAUAUGAAUUCGCAGCGAACAACGAACUGGAAUAUAUUAAACAAGGCGACAAUCCAAGCAUUUCUUCUAGCAAGUUUGCCAACUCAGUAAGCCUAAAAUGUUCUGAAAAAAAUCUGAUUUUCUUAAAGCUCUCUGGUCUAACAGAAGGCGAAAACAAAUUUGAAAUAGUUGCCGAUAUGAACAUACAAGGACAGAAAAAAAAAAAAAAUGGAUCGCUAAGCGUUAAGUUUGCCGCACAUCAACGUGCAAAAAAUGACUAUUCCUUAAGUAUUUAUGGGAAAUUAAAUGAUAAUUUUGUAGAUCUGACGGCGGUAUGUGACGUAACCGGCAAUCAAUACAAUUGGGAUAAUUCACUUUCAACAAGUUCGGGGACGCUUAUAACCCUUAAAGGCAAAAUAAAUCAAUCACUUAAGCUAAUUUUUUUGGCGGAUUCCGAUGUGGUUGUUGAUUUGCAAGGCACAACUAGAUUUAGUAAUAAAGAUUCACAGUCUAAAUGGAAUUUGAAAAUAAACGGCGCGGAAGAUAAAACCAUUGUUGACUUUAAUUUUCUUAAAAAUAAAGAAGAGGUUGUAAAGUUGAAUUUUGAGAAAACAAUCUCGGAAGAGAAGCUUACCGCUGCCGAGUUUAAUCUGCUUGCACACGAUUUUCUGGACGUAAAAGUUGAUUUCAAGGUAAGCAAAAUCGGUAAAGGAGAAUUAGUGGCUGUAAUUGAGUCACCUAAGCAUAAAAAACAAGUGGAAGUGAACUCUAAUUUCCAUUUACAAAAUCCUAAGUAUGAUGUUGAAGUUUUGCUGGUAUGUGAUAAAGAAAGAAAACUUUUCGUGAAAAGUGAUAAUGUGCUAGACAGAACUGCUCAGAUAUAUCGAACGAAGAACAUCAUGCAGUCAGGAGGAAAACAAACGUCUUUCGAUGCUAAUACAGUUAUCAAAGGAUCCAGUUACGUGGACGGCGAUAUAGACGCUAAUUUUGUGUUUACCUCCUCCGAAGGGCGUAUAUUGGACGGGACGUUUAAACAAAAGAUGACUACUAAUAUCAAAACAGGUUUAACACAUGGUAUUGCCGAAAUUAAUUUAAGUGAUAAUUUAUCAAGUAAUGGACCAAAGCAAUCUCUAAUACUGAUGGGUAAGGUGGACAAAGUUGAUAUUAAAAAGAAGGAAUUUUUGAUGAACUUUGAAAUUUUGUACACGAAUUUGCUCAACCAAAAACUGCAAAUUAUUGCGCAAACCAAGAACUUGGCCAAACAAAAAUCAAAUGCAGCAAUUCACUUUUCGACCAAAGUAUCCGGAGAUUUAACAGAAUCACCAAUUACAGCAAGUUUUAUCGUAGAUGAGUUUUCCCCUGCACAUGCCGUGCUUAAAUGGGACUUUAAAUAUGGAUCGGAAAUUCAAACCCACUGUAGCUGCAAUUAUCACGUAAGCGAGUUGGAUAAACCUGCCACAUAUGCAAUCCAGAUGCAAGUGCAAAAAUCAAACAGCACAUGGAAAACAUUUGAUCUUUCUAGUAAGGGCCAGUAUCAAAAUAACAAACAACAAACUUUUUUCGAAUUGACUCUCGAUGAAAAACUUGGCUCUGGUGAUUUCUUGAGAUUUAACACUGCCUCAAAAAUAUUGACUAAUAAAAGCGCGAAUGCGUUGUUGUUAUUUGAAAUAGCUUCGAAUCGCAUGGAACCUUUGAAAAUAGAGGCUAAAAGUGAACAUGCCACCGUUUCCGAUGAGGGUAGUACGGAUGGCGAAGUUUUACUGUCGCUUAACUAUGGUAGUCAGUUCGGCAAGAUUACUAGCAAAUACAAGUCUAGCAAAAGUGAGAUUAUCAAACACAGCUACUUUUUAGACACAAGUUUUGACGCAAUGAAAAGUCUCGAAAUUAACAUAAAUAUUGUUAGCGGUUACCACUGGGGUGUUGAAGUAAAACAUAAUGAGGAGCCUUACGCAGUAGACUUAGAGCUAUUCGGUGGAAAACCAAAAAGAGGAUUCGAUAUGAAAAUUACGUUACCCAACGCAAAUCCCAUUUUAGUGGUAGUCAUUCAUGAAAUUGUGGACUCUCAUAAAUUUAAAUUACAAAUGGACAUACAAAAUUUUUUAAAUUUAGACUUUAAGUUAAAUAGUGAAGCUUCAUACAAUAACUCCGAUGAUUUUUAUCUAGUAGCCAGGUGGAGUUCAGCUAGAUUGCAGUUAAACAACUACGAUCUUAUGUUACGCACAGAAAACAAAGUCUUAAACAUAGAAUUGAAGCACACUCAGAAUACUGUGUUUAAAGGAGCAAUUUCCUAUGCAAUUUCUAAAGAAAACCAUAAAUACAUAUAUGAGGGUCAGGGACAAAUUGAACAUAGGGGAGCAACAAAGACUGGAAAUUUUAAGCUGAUAAGUGAAGUCUACGAAUUAGCUACCGAUAAAGAAAUAGGCUUUGCAUACACUUUUAGCGGGAAUGUAGGCGGUGCGCAUGGCGUGUCGACAGUUAAAAUGACCAACAAAGAUUUAAUUCUUAAAUUAUCUAUUUGCGAAGAAAAAAAACAAUGUACCAAUGCUCAAUUGUUGGCAUCAAAUGAUAUGGUGUCAGAAAACUCAAACAUUCAAUCACUUUUAAUUUUAUUGGACUUACGUGAGCUUGGUUUUCCUUAUGAACUAGAAUUACAGUCAAAAAAUACUCGCGAUGGCUUCAAAUUUCGUUACAUUUUGGACAUGAAGGUAAUGUUUAAUAGCAACCUGAAUUAUCAACUACUUAUUACUUUACAACCCUCUAACGGCAAAGUACAACUUAAACUUCCUACACGGGAGAUGUUAUUAGAAAUGCAUCAACAAUAUCCACAAGCGGGCCAGCUUAUGGGACAUUACAAAAGCUCUUUAUCCUUAUAUACGAACAAAAGCAAAAAACCCAAUGAAGUUAUUCGGCUUUUGGCUCAGGCAGACAUUAGUGGCUCUGAUUGGGUUUCUUUAAACUUAAAAAGUUUGCUUAAAUUCGAGCACCCUGCAAUUCAGCCAUGUUCAAUUUCCACUACAUUGGAAGCUGAUCGUAAUAAAGAGUUAGUUGAUCUUAACAUAGUUUUUGAUGUAUUCAAACUACCGGAAUAUCAAGUUAUCAUAAGCAGUCGCUUGGAAAAUAUUGCACUACCAAAUGGUUUUAACAUAACAGCUCAGCAAACGUUGAGUUCUGAUGGCUUUGAUAUCCAAUACCAAUCAGCUGGUCAUGCGGCAUUCAAUGUGGAAAAUAAAGAACUAAGCAUAGGAGGUGAACUAAUUAAUGUAGCUGGUGGUGUUAAAUCUACCAUUUUAUUUUUGGGAUCUCCCACUAAAAUUGAAAUAUUGGCCUAUGGGUUAAAUGAAGAAUUGUUAAAAUUAAUUAUUAGCGUUAAGCAGAUAAAACCUUCAACUAAAAUCCACGGUAAGCUGCAAGUAUUGGGUACAAAAGCUAUAGAAAUGACAAGUGAAUUGCAGUUUGGAUUGGCCAAACUGAAUGUGGAAAGAGCGGAAUUCCUUCAUCUAGAUGUGUUAUUAGCUAUGGGUAAAGAAUUAAAACUAAAAGCCAACGAGGCCGGUAAGGAAUUGAUUAGCGUCACUGUUAAUCUAAACCCCAGCAAUUUCCUAGAUUCAACUUUUAUUUGCAACAAAAGGGAUAUAGAGGAAUUCGUAGAAGGAUUACAACACAAAUAUAAGGAGGAAAGCAGCAUGGUUUUACUUAAAAUGAAGGAGCGUUACGACACAUCAUAUAUAACGAGUGAGCAAGACUUAAUUAACAAAAUUCGUGCUAAUGUAAUCGAUUUUAAGGAACUGAGGCCAAAUAUCGAUGAAAUUCUCAAAGAAGUAGAGCACGAUUCAGCGCUGAAACAGCUCUUAGAAAUAUACCACGAAUUUGAGGGAAAGCUUUUGAAAUUUGUCGAGGAAUCGCGCAAACUACUUCACGAAAUAAGUGAAAAGACGACUAAAACCGUUCAGUAUAUGCGGUCCAAAUUCAAGGAAAUGUUCCAUGACGUUAUAGUACCGGCAAUCCAAAAUACCACCGAGGAUGUCCUCAUAAUUUUUAAACUAAUUUUUAAUACUUUUGCUGACGUAGUAAUGAAUUCAUUCGAUAUCUUUUUUAAAGUCUUCAGUGAAUAUGAGCCAAUGGUUAAGGAAUACGGUAAAGUGGUGGCAGAAUUGUUAAAACCUUCCUACGAAGCCGCUGAAGAAUUGUAUAAAUUUUCAUUGGAUAUAUUAGAUGAUUUGCCUAAAAACUUGCAAGAACACUUAACCAUUAUUAAAGAUUUGCAGCUAGAACUUAAACGUAUGUUUAAAAAACUUCGCUUUGAAGAGAAGAUCUUCAAAUUUUUGAAUUGUAUUUUGGAAGAACUCAGUUUGUUACCCUUAAAUGCGGAUAUCCUAGAUUUACUGAGAAAAUUGCAAGAAUAUACAUCUGCCAAGCUUACAAAUCACCCGGUGGAUGACAAAUCAUAUGCUGAAGAGUUUCUGCAUUUGCUCCUAAAGACGUUACGUUCUUCUUUGGUAGUCGAUGCAUUUACUAUAAGCACUAGUAAACUCCCAUGGGAUAACAUAUUUUUCACCUAUCCUUCCUCUUUCAAUAUAUUUGACGAUUUGCCAAAUCUUUUAACAUUCCGCGUUAGUGUACUAAACUUUAUAUUCAACGAAAAUUUUGAGUAUCUACUAUCGCGUGAUUUUUGGCGAUCUGUUAUCUUCUUCGAAGGCUUCCAUUUGAGUGGUCAUUUGACGGAGGGACGUCAUCUGUUCACCUUUGAUGGUGUUUACGUAAACCUUAAUGGCAAUUGCAAAUAUAUUUUAAGUCAAGAUUCUUUGAAUAACAAUUUUAGCGUUAUCGCGCAAGUUAAUAAUAAAUUGAAGUCGCUUUAUCUAACGGAUAGGGAAGGUCAAUUUUUGGAAUUAAAUGAUGCCGGCGUCUUAAAAUUCAAUGGAAAUCCUGUCGAAUUUCCCCUGCAUGAAAACGGUAUGCAUGCUUGGCGGUUGCAUUACACAAUUUACUUGCACUCUGAGUACGGGGUCUCUGUUAUGUGCACAGCUCAUCUAAAGGUAUGCCAUAUCGACGUAAAUGGUUUUUAUAAGAGCAAACUACGCGGACUUUUAGGCAAUGGCAAUGCAGAGCCUUUUGAUGAUUUCACACAAAUGGAUGGUACUAUAGCCAGAAAUACAAUCAAUUUUGUGCAUGGUUACGGGUUAGGUAAAUGUAAUGUUGCGAGUCUUACAGUAAACGUUAAUAAUAUGUCACAUACGGAUAUAUGUAAUCACCACUUUGGCUACAAAUCUCCUCUAGCAAUCGGUUAUUUGAUUAAAGAUCCCAUUUUGUUUAAAGCAGCUUGCGACCAAGCUGUCGCAUCAGUACCUGACAAAGAUAAGGAGACGGCCGCCUGUAAUAUUGCAUUGACUUAUGCCUCGGUUAUCAAAAAACAAUUGGACCACACCUUCAUAUUCUUACCACAGCGGUGCCUUAAAUGUGGGGGUGCUCCUGGUCAACGUGACUUGUUUGAAGAUUUUAUUGUGAAGACUCCAGAAAGUAGUGCGGAUAUAGUUUUUGUGGUUGAUGUGGAUGUCUCGGAUAAGCAAAUGACAAAUCUCAUCGCACCCGUCAUCCCUGAGAUUCGUAAAGCCUUAAAGGUUCGUGGCUUUACUGAUGUUCAAAUCGUUGUAAUUGCCUUUAGCAGUGGUCAACGAUAUCCUGCCAUUCUUACUAGCGAUCAGGGAAAGCUUAAUUAUCACGGUAAUUUAGCUAACGACAAAAAAAAAAUCAAAGGACCCAAACCACUAUUUUCGGACUUUAACAUUUCCGAAACAGCCUUGACUACCGAUAAAACAACAUACAUUCUGGAAAUGUUAGAGAAAUUUCUUAAGAAUCUUGUACCUAAGUCAGAUGAGGUGGCCUUCAAUUUAGCUUUGGACUAUCCAUUUCGGCCUGGAGCGGCAAAAACCAUUGUUGCCGUAUACGGCAACGAAUUGCCGUAUGAUAAUUUUUUGACGGUUCUUCGAGCUCAUUUAAGCAACCUUGCGACUGAUUUCAAUGGAGCUCUACUUCAUGUUAUAACACCUGUAAAAGGCAUGUCUUUGGAAGGGGUGGAAGCCGAAAAAUUGAUAGGUUUCAAUUCUCGCUUGGUUGCCACCCUUGAUGGCAAAGACGCGAAAAAACGCCAAAAAUUACAAUAUGAAAGCAGCAAGAGCAUUGAUUUUGUUCUAAAUAAAGGCGGCUGGAUAUUUGAUAUGCAAAACUUUGAGGAAUUGAAACCUCCAGACCAUAUCAAAGUGCUCAACCAAGUAGCGAAUUCAAUUGCUGACACACUCUUCAAAACAGAAAUGGUCAGUAAAUGUAGUUGUAUGCCGAUUUAUGGUAUUCAUUCGCAACACAAAUGUGUAGUGAAGUCCACUCAUUUUGUGGCAAAUAAGAAAGUUAAAUCCUAAGAUUUAUCGAAAUUUUAAUUUAUUUAACGAAAAC